CUUGAGCAUAUUUCAUACCCUUUAUUGGAGACCGACGCCAUUUUUGUUGUGCUAAAUUUACGGAUUACUCAUUGGCUUGAAUGUCAUGUCAUUUGAUUUUCCAUUGGAGGCACAUCUCCACCCACUCCAGAGAUGCUAUCACACUUGGUUUGAAAACGAUUGGAAACCAGGAAAACACUAACUUCAUAAAACCUGGAACUACUGCUUGCAUCACAUUUCAAGUAACCUACGUAUUGUUAAUGGUGAAGUGCUUGGAUGGUUUGCGGGUAAUUACUUAGGACAGUUGUGGGUAUUCUUAAAGUAUCCCUACAGCAGAUUUGCGGCACAGAUAGAGACAGUUUUAACAUAGAGGAUAUUUGCAGAUAGAGAAGAGAAUAGCACUUCUUGUAAUUUAAGAUCAGCUCUGCCCAGGGAACAUGACCUUCGCACCAGAGCUGAGUUGUACUACAAUCCCACUCUCCAAUGGUCUGCAGAUUCCGUUAUUUGGAUUAGGCACAUCACAUAAUGGCGGAUACUCCCAUGAAGCCAUUGUGUAUGCACUCACUGAGUGUGGCGUGCGCCACAUUGACACAGCAAAGCGCUACGGCUGCGAGAAGAAACUGGGUGACGCUAUCACAGAAAGUGGGAUACCACGAAGUGAUCUGUGGGUCACCAAUAAACUGUGGCAUGGGGACUAUGGAUACAAAGCUGCAAAGAAGGCGUGCCUUGACUCCUGCUCGCAGAUGGGGGUGGAAUAUUUUGAUCUGUACCUGAUGCACUGGCCGUCAUCGUGACCUGGUUGCUCCAACAAGGAGAUGAGAGCUGAGACUUGGAGAGCUUUGGAGGAACUGUAUAAAGAAGGGCUGUGCUGUGCUAUUGGAGUGAGCAACUUCCUGGUCCAUCACCUGGAAGAGUUAAAGGAAGACUGUACUGUUGUGCCACGGAUCCACCAGGUGGAGUACCAUCCUUUCCAGCAGCCCAAUCACCUGAUGGAGUACUGUCGUCAGGAGGGAAUUGUGUUUGAAGGGUACAGUCCUCUGGCCAAGGGUCAAGUCCUCAGCAACCCGACUGUUCUCCAGAUAGCAGAAAAAUACAGCCGCACACCUGCUCAGAUCUGCAUCCGCUGGAGUAUUCAGAAUGGAGUUGUUACAAUCCCCAAAUCUACGAAAAAGAAGAGGAUUCAAGAAAACUGUCAAGUGUUUGGGUUUCAGCUGGAGGAGUCGGACAUGGCCGCUUUGGGAGGAUUACAUGAUGGAAGACGUGUGUCUUGGGAUCCAACAAAUGUGGAGUAACGUUAUGUGAGAAACCCCAGAGUGUGCUUGUCUUUGAACUAGUUUUGUCAGUUACAGGAUAGUUCCGGUGCAGCCGGAGGUUCCGCCGGAUGUCCCUAAUUUUCGGCCGGAUGUCCGUCACCUCCCGCUUUCUUUGUGUUGGCAUUCUAAACUCCGGUUAUAUCAGGACUAUGGUUAACUGCUCCUCAGAUCUCUGCAGAGUAAUAGUUGUCUGAAGAUCUAACCUUGAGAUUGUAUUUGGAUUUUGAAUCCUGCUUCGUUCAUUAGUGGCUCACAUCUUGCUUGGAAAGAGACUGCCUAAUGUGAAGUUCAUUCAUCUCAGCUAGCACUACUGGAGUGGAUAAACAAAUGGGCACGUGAACUCACCGGACCAAAACAUUUAUUAAGUGCCGUACUUUGACUGCAAAUUAGCCUACGGCUAGAAGUCCCACACACAUUGCAUCGGUUGCACUUUAGAUGUAACAAUGCCUAUAUGUAUUGUCCCUGAUAAAUAAACUGAUAAAAUAAAAAUAAAUUUACAUAUUAACUUUUUUUUUGGUACAAUAGAAGAUUGACUGAUGAUCAUAGGUAACAAAGAAAAAAGAUGAUGUUAGCAAAAUAAAUCCUUUCUAAAUACUGAUUUGCCUGUCAAACUGAGGAUGUGAGGUCAUUCAUCUUUUUUUCAUUUUCAGGAUUUCCUAGAUGGGCAGGGCACUUUAAACAUACCCAUUCAUUGACUUUAAAAGCUUAAUUUGCAGAUAACUCUAUGUGUUGGGAGAAUAUGCAUGCAUGUAUUUUACGUUAGCUAAUAUUAUGUCUUCUGUUUUGGAUAGGGCCGGUAGGUAAAGUAGGAUAGUACGGGGAUGGGACCGACUGAUAAAUGUUGCAAAUAUUUAUGUCAAAUAAAUAUAAAAUAAAAACAACUGUGCACCAUGA